AUGACGACCCAUCAGGAGGAAGAUCAAGUACAUAACUCCGAAGAUGACGAAUACCAAUCCUCGGUAGAGAGUCCGUCCGACGCAUCUGACUCGGAUUCAGGCUAUAACAAUGAUGGCGGUAAUAUCGACCAAAGUGAAGACUUAUCCGGUAAAGAAGCAUAUACAGUUGCAGAUAGACCUCCGGAAUAUUGGGCUCAGAGGAAGAAAAAGUUCGUGUUAGACGUAGACCCAAAAUACGCCAAACAAAGAGAUAAGUCCGAUACGUACAAACGGUUUAAAUAUUUAUUGGGUGUCACCGACCUUUUCCGUCAUUUUAUUGGUAUGAAGGCAAAGCAUGACAAAAACAUUCAAAAACUCUUGAAACACCUCGAUUCUGAUUCAAAUAAGCUCUCCAAAUCACAAAACGACAUCAAUUCUUCUUCACGUCAUCAUAGAAAAACAGAAAAGGAGGAAGAUGCUGAAUUGAUGGCUGACGAAGAAGACGAGAUUGUAGAUGAAUACCAAGAAGACAUAUUCGUCUCUGAAUCUCCAUCUUUUGUCAAAUCGGGGAAAUUGAGAGACUAUCAAGUGCAAGGGUUGAACUGGCUAAUUUCACUGCAUGAAAACAAACUAUCCGGUAUCUUAGCAGAUGAAAUGGGGUUGGGUAAAACUUUACAGACAAUUUCGUUCCUGGGCUAUCUAAGAUACGUUAAACAAAUUGAGGGCCCUUUUUUGAUUAUAGUGCCGAAAUCGACGUUAGAUAAUUGGAGACGAGAAUUUCUCAAAUGGACUCCAAACGUUAAUGUUCUUGUAUUACACGGGGAUAAAGAUACAAGAGCUAGUAUAGUGCGUAACAUCAUAUUACAAGCUAGGUUCGAUGUAUUGAUUACAUCUUACGAAAUGGUCAUUAGAGAAAAAAAUGCCUUGAAAAGAUUGGCUUGGCAAUAUAUUGUUAUCGAUGAAGCUCACAGAAUUAAAAACGAACAAAGUGCUCUAUCUCAAAUAAUUAGAUUGUUUUACUCCAAAAAUAGACUAUUAAUCACGGGUACACCUUUACAGAACAACCUUCAUGAAUUAUGGGCUCUACUGAACUUCCUAUUACCUGAUAUAUUUGGAGAUUCCGCAAUAUUCGACGAUUGGUUUGAACAAAACAAUUCAGAGCAAGAUCAAGAAAUUGUAGUCCAGCAACUGCACUCUGUGUUAAACCCUUUCCUACUAAGAAGAGUGAAGGCAGAUGUUGAAAAAUCGCUAUUACCUAAAAUCGAAACGAACGUUUAUGUUGGAAUGACGGAUAUGCAAAUCCAAUGGUACAAAUCGCUGUUGGAAAAGGACAUCGACGCCGUUAAUGGUGCUGUUGGGAAAAGAGAGGGGAAAACAAGAUUACUGAAUAUUGUCAUGCAACUGAGGAAGUGCUGUAAUCAUCCGUAUCUUUUUGAAGGUGCAGAACCUGGUCCACCAUAUACUACAGAUGAACAUUUAAUUUUUAAUGCCGGCAAAAUGAUCAUAUUGGAUAAAUUACUUAAACGGUUAAAGGAAAAGGGUUCUCGUGUGUUGAUUUUUAGUCAAAUGUCAAGGCUGUUGGAUAUUUUGGAAGAUUAUUGUUAUUUCAGAGAUUUUGAAUAUUGUAGAAUUGAUGGUUCUACUAGCCACGAAGAACGUAUAGAGGCUAUUGAUGAUUUUAAUGAACCAGAUUCUGAAAAGUUCGUCUUUUUGUUAACUACACGUGCUGGUGGUCUAGGUAUCAACCUUGUGACAGCUGACACCGUUGUACUUUUUGAUUCUGAUUGGAACCCUCAAGCUGACUUACAAGCAAUGGAUAGAGCACAUAGAAUCGGCCAAAAGAAACAAGUUCACGUUUACAGAUUUGUCACAGAAAAUGCUAUCGAGGAAAAAGUUAUUGAACGUGCUGCACAGAAAUUAAGAUUAGACCAAUUGGUUAUUCAACAGGGUACCGGCAAGAAAACCACAUCUCUGGGUAAUUCAAAAGACGAUCUUUUAGAUAUGAUUCAGUUUGGCGCUAAAAACAUGUUUGAGAAGGAAGCAAGCAAAAUUACUGUUGAUGCAGAUAUUGAUGAUAUCUUGAAAAAGGGAGAACAAAAGACCCAAAAGUUAAAUGCCAAAUACCAAAGUUUAGGGCUUGAUGACCUACAAAAAUUCAAUGGGAUAGAAAACCAAUCCGCUUAUGAAUGGAACGGUAAAAGUUUCCAAAAAAAAUCGGAGGACAAAGUUGCAGAAUGGAUUAAUCCGUCUCGAAGGGAAAGAAGAAGAGAACAGACGACGUAUUCGGUCGACGACUACUAUAAGGAGAUUAUUGGUGGCGGAUCUAAAUCAGCAACUAAGCAAACUCCACAACCUAAAGCGCCACGUGCCCCGAAGGUUAUCCAUGGUCAGGAUUUUCAGUUUUUCCCCAAAGAAUUGAACGCUCUACAAGAAAAGGAACAACUUGCAUUUAAGAGGAAGGUUAAUUACAAGGUAUCCUCCUAUGAUAUUACAGGAAAUACCCCUAAUGAAGGCAGUGAUGCUGAAGAAGAAGAUGACGAAUAUGUAGAUACAGGGGAUCCAGAAGGUCGUGCAGCCCAUGAAGAACUUAAAAAAAAAAUUCAAGAGGAGCAAGAAAAGAUCGAUUCAGCACCUGAUUUUACAGAAGAAGAUGAAUUAGAAAAGCAAAGGCUAAUAUCACAAGCAUUUAGUAAUUGGAAUAAAAGAGAUUUCAUGUCGUUCAUCAAUGCCUGUUGCAAAUAUGGUAGAGAUGAUUUGGAGAAUAUCAAGAUAUCUAUAGAUUCUAAGGCACCAGAGGAGGUUGAAGAUUAUGCGAAAGUAUUCUGGGAAAGGCUGAAGGAAAUCAAUGGUUGGGAAAAAUAUUUACAUAACGUCGAACUUGGCGAAAAAAAGAAUGAAAAGCUAAGAUUCCAAGAAACUUUAUUGAGGCAGAAAAUUGAACAGUGCAAACAUCCGUUGCAUGAGCUAGUAAUACAAUAUCCCCCAAACAAUGCAAGGAGAACUUAUAAUACAUUGGAGGACAAAUUUUUGUUAUUGGCGGUAAACAAAUAUGGGCUGCGUGCUGAUAAACUAUACGACAAAAUAAAGCAAGAAAUUAUGAUGAGUGACCUAUUUACUUUUGACUGGUUUAUCAGAACGAGAACAGUGCAUGAACUAUCAAAGAGAGUGCAUACGCUUCUAACUUUAAUUGUAAGAGAGUACGAACAACCAGACGCAAACAAGAAGAAAAGAAGUAGAACCACCGCAACUAGAGAAGAUACUCCUCUAUCUCAAAAUGAAAGUACCAGAGCCUCUACGGUACCAAAUAUUCCAUUAGCAAUUGUACCGAAUCAAAAGGAAAUAAGCAAUCACGUUGACAAAAAGCCCAAAGUAGAGCAAGAAGUAUGA